AUGCCUCGAUCAUUUCUUGUUAAACUGAAAAAGAGUAGUCCCACCACAGUUCUUUGGGAUAAAGGUGAGUUCAACUUUUUGCCGGCGAAUUCUUGUAAGAGUUUCGUUAAUUGGUAUGAAAUGUGAUUUUUCUUGAACUGCAGAGAAAAUUUGGGGCAAAACCAAGCCUUGAAACACUGGAGUUUUUUAGAUUCAAAACUGCCACACUUCAUUAAAUAUUCAUUAGCAAGCAAAUAGAGACAGCAAAAAUCUAAAACUGCUCUUUCUCGUUCUUUUUUCUAGCAGGUUCUGACGAGACCACGGCACCGCCUAACGUUUGGGAGCCGAUCCGAGUGGAAAUCGAACCGACGCAGAUAUUUCAGCCCAUCAAGUUGGAUCUUGCUACACUAGACCCAGAAUUUUUAACUGGAAAAGGACAGCUGACGCCGAAGGCACGCUUUUUCAGCCCGUUUUCUUUUAAUUCCCUUCAGUUUAAUUCUAACCACUGCGACAUCGGUGUGGGCAAGCCAUUCUAUAAAGAAGCGCCAUGCUCUUACGACUCUAGAAAUUGCAGUCCCGUUAGCCUCGAUGGUGCCUUGGUGCCUUCUCCAACGCGAAGCGAUGACGGUUACCCAAGCGCGGGAAUUUUUAUUCCCGGAAGUGGUUUUCUCGGACUCGAAAACACAAAACCCUCUUCGCUUCAGAUGCCGAGUACUGUAGUGAGUUCCGUCGGCCGCAAACGUCGUAACGGAGCACCUAAAACGUUUACCUGCGAAGUUUGCGGCAAAGUUUUCAACGCACAUUACAACCUGACGCGUCACAUGCCAGUACACACAGGCGCAAGACCGUUCAAGUGUAAAAUAUGCGGCAAAGGCUUCAGGCAGGCAAGCACGCUUUGCAGACACAAGAUCAUCCAUACGAAAGAAAAACCUCAUAAGUGUAACAUUUGCGGAAAAGCUUUUAACAGAUCCUCCACUCUCAACACUCACAUUCGUAUUCACGCCGGGUACAAACCAUUUGUUUGUGACAUUUGCGGCAAAGGAUUCCAUCAAAAAGGAAACUACAAAAAUCACAGACUGACUCAUACUGGAGAAAAGCCUUUCAAGUGCCAUAUUUGUGGCAAGGCUUUCCAUCAAGUGUACAAUCUGACAUUUCACAUGCACACGCACAAUGACAAGAAACCAUUUACAUGUAAGGAAUGUGGUAAAGGCUUCUGCCGGAAUUUUGACCUUAAAAAGCAUGUCCGUAAAUUGCAUGAAAACAAAGAACAACGUGACAAAAGUGAACAAUGAAGCACGCUUCGCAGUUGACCAUGAACUCAUAAAAAAGGGAAACGAUUGUGCGAGCGAGCCCUUUCCUAAGUAAUUCAUAGCCUUAACUAUGUACAAACUAUAAAAAAAAGUGUUACUGUAAAAAGACUAUAUAAGAAGACUAAAUAGAAUGAUACGGCCUACGUUACAAUAUAAACCAGUUAAAGCGUCUGAUAUACAAUCCGUGCUCAGUAUAACGGAGAUAUUGACACGUGGAAAAACAAUGCUAGUUGAAAAGAAAAAGAUAAGAUGUGUACAUUAGAAAACAAUAAUGAGUAUCUUGUUGUGAAUAUAUAAAUAUCGGUUUAUGUAGUCAUCUCCUUUGGUGAAAAUAUAAAGUUUAUCAAUAUGUGUAAAUUAUAAGAACGAAAGAACGAAAAAAAUAAAACUUGAGGUGUUGUAAAGUGUUCGCAAAUCUUUAAGUUUUAUUCUGGACGGGCUUUAAUCAAAACAUAUGAUUUUAACGCUCUUAAAAUGUUUUUAAAUACGUAUUUAAUAUGCGAAUAUUCAAAAGCGCGUACUUCACAGUUUGAUGUAAAGUUUUAACAAGCAAAUGAAAAUCCUUUCAAAACUUAAUUGGUAAAUGGAAGUUUUUAUUUGCAAAACGUUCAGUUUUAUUAAUUUAGGUUCGCCUGCUGAUACGUUAACCACCUGAAGUGUCCUCUCGGACCGAGCGGGAUACUCUCUCGCAUAUAUUAGCGGUAAAUAUAUUUUGUAUCGCAAAUGCGCUCACGAUGACCGCCGUAAACAAGAGAAAUCUGCAAAAAACAAAGUACUUUAAAGCUAUUUUUUUCAUUUCUACCUUUCAAAAUUUAAAAGUUAAUCAACAUUCUUUGGUUUGACUGAAAUUUUUCAAACAGGCUACUAAAAAACAGGGCCGAGUUGUUCAAAGCUUGGUUAAGAUAACCCAGGGUUAGUGCGAAAUUAGAAUUCAGAUUUGACAGCUUAAAAAGCAAAUUCAGUUUAAUUAUUUUUUUCUACAAUAUGAUGAUUGGAUGAUCUCCAAAAAAUAGAUAAAAUUAUCCGAGGAAAUGCUUUCGAAUAAAAGAAAAAAAAAACGGAUCAAAACUUAACCCCGGGUUAGCGCUAAUCGACCUUCGAACAACUGGAACUAAUUACAAGUUUUAAAAAACGGAAGUGCAGACUCUUCUUUGCCUUUAUUUUUUCUGGGGCGUAAAGUUUUUAAAAUGCUCAGAUCGUGAUUUUUAGGUAAAAAAUUAAAACAAAUUUAAAUUAAUUAUAAUUUGAAUCCUUGCUCGUCUCUACUUCACAAUAAAUGAACUUGCCGGCGGAAUAAGACGAAAAAAAAAACGCCUAAGACGAUGACUACAUUGCCGCGUUGUACGGCGGGUUAUCGUUAAAGAGGCCUCUUUGACCGACCAUCCUGAUGUUUUAAUUCGCUAUACCAAAUUAAGGGAAGAUUUAAUGUAAUGAAGUGCUUGUAACAUUACCCUGUGUGGUAAAUCGUAAAAAGAGUUAGGACAACACUCAGUAUACAUGCCAUCAGUUAUGGACUGUUUGACCACUAUCCACCCUGUUUAUUAGCAGCUGUGCUCUUUUUGGGGGGUAUUCAGACUGCCCUCGAACCUGCGCGUCAAUUUUGCUGCAAUUUUCAGCGAUACACAAGAGUAUAAGGAAAAAGAUAGUGCUUUUACAAUUUAAUAACCCUUGUUAUAAGCAAGAAAAAAUAGGAUAAGCCAUAAGGCUUUUAAUUUAUGUCACUUAUUUGAGAACAUUUAAACUUACCACCACCACAAUUUUUCUCGCAAAACUAGUCGACUCUUUCCGCCAAUGUCUUCUUUUGGGCAUGCGCGCGUGGAAGGAGCAAUUUGAAAGAUUGCCUACUUGUAUUCGAAUGUAAAGUUAAGCCCCGUGCAAACGGACGCAACAUUGUUGGCCAAAAACUCCUAACAUUGUUGGGUGCGACAUGUAACAAUGUAGGGAGUUGUUGCGUCCGUUUGCACUUAAGGUCUCUAAUACUUUCCUGAUCCUUGACGUCCCUACUUUAAUUAAAGCCCUGUACAGUGGUCAUCGUCAAAUUCCUCCCCCAACAAGAGAACUUUGGAAAUAAAGACUGAACGUGGGUGAAAAUUUUAAAUUAAAUUCGCCCUUAUUUCGAACCCCUAUGUACGAUCAUUAUACAUUUCAAUGAAAACUCCUUCAUUCAGUUUACGCAAUGUAAUCGUACCUUUGGCGGCUCCCGAAGGAGCUUGGGGAACCUGUGCAGUGGCAGGAAGAUUCAUCCAGCGGUCGGUAGAAAUAGCAAAUUAUGAUUCAUAUUGAGGUAAUGAAAUGUCGUGGCCUGGAUGCUCAGUUUCAGGAUCAAAUGACCAGAAGAUCCUGGGCAAUUUUCAUGAUUUAAUGACUUCAAAUGGUAAGCGAGAUUUCUCCGAAAUAAAUCAUAGCGAUUUUGAUUGAUGACUUGAGCGUUUCUUAAAUUUAUUUAUAUAUAUUUCAGGCGGAAAACGGUGUCAAUGGCGAAGCGGAGCAGGGACUGUGCUGGACUGUCAAGGUUUUAGACGCAAGCAAAGAUGGCGAGAUCGUCAAAUUUACGAUUCAAACAAACACUGUGAGUGUACAAACUUCAGCUACAUGCGAGGCCUUUUAAUCUCCUGCAAGCGCGUCCUGUUUAGCCAUGUUUGCAGCAAAUUAAGAUCAAUGCAAUCGAUAUUUCAGCAAUUUUGUUUGAGGGGGGAUACACAACUCAGCUCCGGUUUAGGUGGAAUUCAAUCAUCAUAGAAAUUGAAAGUUAUUUGAACUUUUCAGACCUCAUACAUUAAAUUUGCAUGUAAUCGUUAUUGCUUUCGUAUUUGCAUGUCAUUGUUUCGCAUCUUGUUUUACGCACGUACCACGGAGAUCUUUCCGCCCCCUCCCCUCCCCUUUAGCCUCCAAAUCUUUAAUCCUUACUCUCGCCACUAUUCUUCACAUAUUGAGGCAUGGUGUUAGAAAGAAGAGGCUUUUUAUUCUUAAUUAUCACUUUUUCUAUUCUCAUGGCCCUCAUUUUUCACUAAAUACUCCUAUUCUUAGGAGAAAUUAGAUUCUGAUCACCAUUGGCAGCUCACAGAGCAGUCCCUUGAAUGUACUAGUCCACCCCUUCAAUUGCAGGGUGGGCAGGCCUCUCUAGGCUGGUUUAAAUGCAUCUAGCUUUCGUAUAAAUUCCAGCAGAUGUUAUCAAGCAGAGAAUAAAUACCAUGUGAAUUCUGAAUUCACAGUUCCAGGUUGUUGUUGCCCUCUUGUUUCUAAUAUUCUCUGCAACUUGUUGACAGGGUUCUUGUUCACAGUUUUUCCAUAUAAAUUACUACUUAAUUUUCCAGUGAGAUUAUCCACCUUGAAAUGAUUUAUUCAUAAAACCCACAAGAAAAUAACUGCUUGUUAUUGUAAACUUGAUUAUUAGGCUUUAUGUUCAUAUCGAACAGCUUAACUCUGAAAUAAUUAUAGAGCAAAGCUGUUCUAUAUGGAUGGUCUAUAGCUAGUUCAAUAUUGAUUAUUAAUAUUGUUAGUGGUGCUCUCCAAGAUACUUCUAUACUUUUCUUCUAAUACUUUGUUUAAAAUUCACUCCAGCAGAUCAAUAAAAAGUGUUUAUUUUUCCCUGUAAGAUUGCAUCUCAAAGGUAAUUGGCUUUCAGGCGACAGUGUUUCAGUCAAAAUCAUGUCUUCUGUGUUUCAAGAAAAAACCAGACACUAUUUAUUAUCAGGAUUGGAAAAGUUAUUCAGUAAAAGAACAUUAUUUUAGUGUAAAAUCUCCAGUUUCUUCUUGGGGAGCUAGUUUGAGGCCUUGGCCUUGUCCCUGGGCAAUCACUGUCUUUAGAGCUGACGGGUUAACAACCGUUUUGCUAUUUUAAUUUAAAGGGUGAAGGAACUGGAAGUGAAGAAGAAAAAGGAGUGAUAGUCCUUCGACAAUAUGAAGAUUUAGAAUGGCUGUAUCACUGUUUAAUGGCACACAAUAACAUUGAUGGAGUUGUUGUAAGUUAACUAACAUUAAUUUAUUACCCCAAAGCAAAACUUGAAUUUACAGGCAAGGUUAGGCUAGGCUGCACAUUCCCAAAAUAAUGAUCAAUCAAGAAUUAUUUGAAUCUGUGUUGCUGUGUAAAAGGAUUCACUUAUGAGUUUCCCUAUCAAUGAUUUUCAAUCAAGCAGUUCUUCUAGUUCAGUUGACCGGUAGAAUGCUUUAGGUAAUUAAUAGUAUCAUUUUAUCCAUCUUUAGCAUAAGGUUCUGCACAGAUCACGUUUUCGUUGAUGUGGAACUCAUUUCUAGUGUGCACUAUUAAUAAUAUAAUGUUACCUUUUGUUGUCAUAUCCAGAUUCCUCCGUUACCUCCAAAACCUGUCACUACAGUCAAUGCUGCUGAAGCCAGGUCAAAGAAACAGCUAGGUAGGAGAAGUCUGUGUUCCUCCGAAAGAAACACUCUAAAUACAGCCAAACAUGUGUGUAGCAGUCAUCCUUAGGAAAUGGCUAACCAACCUGUUAAUACUAGCUCAAAGAAUGUGUAAAUUGUUGUUUCCUAUUUUCAGGAAAAGAUGCAAAACACAUGGUGGCUGAUGAAUUUUCAAGGGACUGUCGUAAUCUUGAGAAGUAAGUUCAACAUGUCUUCAAUCUGGAGAUUUCCUUUCUUUUUCCCAGCCACCCCACCCCUACCAUUACAGGCAGUCAGCCUAGCCCCUGUCCCCGAUUUAUUUUUGUAGUGGUACUUGCCUGGCAGUUUUUGUACAUGUACUUGUGCCAGGAAUCUGUGCAUAGCAUGUCUUACCCACCAGUUGACUUUUGGCCUCUUCACAUGCACGUGGCUAACCAAGCUGGCCUGGUCAGUGGUCGAUGAAAUUCGCCUUGGUUUCAUAUGAGAAAUUUCAGCCCGGUUUCUGAGAUGAGAAAAAGCCAAAGAUCCUGGGGAUGAGUUUUGGCUUGCCGGGACACAGAGCAAGCAUGAUGAAACACAAAAAUUUUAAAUUUCGCACCUAUCAUAGCUUCUGGAACUCUUAAAGCUGUAUCAGUGCAGUUAAAUGGGAUGCUUAUGAUGUGGAAAAUACAGCAGGAAAUGCAAGACGAUGCCAUCCGGACCGCCAGAAUUCAUCCCACUUUCAUCCUGUUAACCGGGCUGAAGUGUUCAUAUCAUGGCAAAAUUUCUAGCCCGCUUACCGAGGUCUUGGGAACCUAGCCAGCCCGCCCUCUCAUAUGAACACAUUUAAAUUUUUACAAAGGAUGAAGAGGAAAGGUGAGAUUUUGGAAACCGGACUCAUGUGGUUCGUAUCUGUGAAAAGCUUAAAAGUUUUUUCUUUUUUAAGUUCUUCCAGUUUUUAGGUUGAUCAUAUAAGUUGCAUGUCUCACAGCCACAUGCAUUAUUCUCAUAUUUCUGUGGUAUCGUCCUUUAGAUUUUUACAACUUGUUAUUGCACACCCUGCCUUCUCAAAAGAUGAGGAUCUGCAAAAAUUUCUAAAAGAGGAAAAUGUGAGUUAUGACUUUGAAAGUAAUCAUUGUUGGUUUUGAGUGUUGUUGCAAUGAUUAUUUAUUCUGCACCUUAUUGUACCUAAAAAGAGGUAUGAUAAAAAUAUAAAUAUUUAUUACAAUUUAUUGACUGAACUUUCUAAGGACAGAAAUUUCCUCCAUCUCCAAGAUGGCUUCUGUGAAGUAGCAGUGUGCAAAGAAAAUAGUGUCCGAUAGCCCAGGGCUAGUGGAUUUUGCUAUUAGGCUAGGGAAUUCUGUUCUUCACUUGCCCGAAGGCAAAUGAUUUGAAGGUUUUUGGGGGAUUUUAAUCGCUGAAGAACAGUUAUCAAUCCUGCUCAUCAAAACAAAUUUUCAGGCUAGUUGAAAUGACUUUUGGGUUAGUGCAUGCUACAAUCUCAGACAAAAACCUUGAAACACUUUGUAAAAUUCUACUCUCUUUCAUUUCCUCCCUCCCUUUUGCAAUGUUGUUGUAGCCACACAACUUUUCAAUCACAUCUCAACAUUGCAGAGGGAAGGGAGAAUGCAUGGGUGUUUCAAGGAUUUUUGGUGUGGAUUGUUACUGCAGCUUGCCUGAAUAGCAAGCUGUAAAAGUGACUUUCUUUUCACUCUGAGUAGUUUGACUGUAUAUAUGCAAGGAAUUGUUUAGUUUGGGGAUCCAAUACUGCAUCUACAUAGUAGGACAACUUCUUAAGUGAAGAUAGAAACAAAUGACAAAGCAUGACUUAUGCUUUAAAAUAUAAUUUCUAAGGAGUCUUUCAUGACUUGUUGUCUCUUAUUCUGGUGCAUGUAUGCUGGGCAUGUGUUGGAUGAACCUUGGUAUGAAAAACAGUGUUUCAUUCUGGUUAAUCUUUUAUCACUGAAGAUUGUAUGAUGUAAUGAGUAUGUGUAAUAUAUGUGGUGGCUAAAUGGAUUGUCAUAAAGUGCAACUUAUUCAUCUUGAUAGCUUAUUGACUACAGUAGUUUAUACUCAUUUGUUUUCAAGAGUUGCAGUUCCUUUUAUGUUUAUGCAUGGUCAAUAACUUGUUCUUUUAAUAGCCUCCAGUUAGAACCAAAGUCAAGAAAGGUGUGAUGGAAAGUUUGUCCAAAUCUGUUAGUGACUUGAGGCAUCACAAUCACAAGGUAUGGUUAUUAUUCUUGAUUUAAGUAAUAUUUCCAAUUUAUUUCCCGAAGUUAUCAGUGCCCGUGUACAUACCGCAUCAACAACCUCUUGAAGGUUCCUCAUUAAACAAUGUCGUUAUGUCAAAAAACUUGUUUGUUGGUACUUGUUAUUAUUGUUUUAGGAUCUUGAUGAUGAAUUUCAGAAGAAAAGAGAUUUUGUGGAGCAAUACACACCUUUGACUAAAGAAACUUAUGGGGUGAGAAAAAAAUAUUAGUGUCCAAAUGAUAACAUCAACAGUUUAAUUUAGGGAAAAUUAGCCAACCUCUGUUAGCAAAGUAGCUGAUUCUUUUUACCAUUGGCCUGUAUUUAUGUAACCUCCCAUGCAGACGUUGUUGUUUCUUUGUCAGGUGUUCCUACGUUCAUGACGAGAGGGGGGGAGGGGUUGGGGGGGGUUGGGGUAUGGAACAAAGCCCUAAGAACGUAUGGGUGGGAGGAUAGCACUUAUUGAAAGCACAAUAAUCCAGUCCUAUUCUCUAAUUUUGAAAGCAGAGGAAGAUUGAGGAGAAGAAAAAUGUGACCAAUGGGGAAAACACUGAGAAAAUGUCUGUUUUCUGGGCUGUCUCCCCUGGGUUCUUUCCGGCUUCUGUCCCCUUCUCUUUAUUGUCAAGCACCACAAUCCAAGAGUGUUUUAGCGUUCUUGCACCUUUGAAAAAAUUCCUGCACAAUAGCCUAUGGUACUUGCAUCUGUGUUCUUUUCCUCUCUAGUAAUAUUUUUACAGUUGGACUACACUCUGUUUGGUAACUGUUUGACUGGUUUUUGUAAAAGGCUCUUACAAAGCUUAUAGGGGAAGACAAUUGUAUUGCAAUUGUUUUUUGGUGUGGCGGAUUGGUGCAAUCCCCCAAAACGUAAUACAAAAGAUUGAAAAGACACUAACAAUACCCACACUGCAACACAAUGCCCAACCAACAAUGGUUUCCACAACACUAAGAAACACUCACUUAUCGCGUUCGUCGGAACGCAUCCUAAUCUUGGUGUUCCUGUGGUACAAAGCCACAAAUGUUCGAGGUAUUGCAGGCGACUGCCCAUUGGCCACCCCUACUGAUUUUAUCCGGGGCAUCUCGGCCAGGAAACUGGACUCCUUCCGACUCGAUUUCGUUUCCAUGAAUGACGAACGCGGAUCCGUAAUCAAUAAUUACCUCUGGUAAUUAGUCUUUGAACAAAGUUACAGGAUGUGUUGUCUUCAGUGGAUGUGAUUUUUAUCCCUGCUAUUUUCUCCAUAAAUUUCUUCUUGUAGAACUUCAUCAAAAUGGUGCACAGUCAGCAACGUAAGUCAAAUGUAAUGAUUUUAAAACCCCUUUUAGUAGCUGGCAUCUGUGAGAGCUGUCAAUGACCAAUGCUUAGACAUCCAGUCAAGCUCGCACCAUCAUUAAAACUCUUUUAAGUAGCUGGUAUCUGUAAGAGCUGUCAAUGAGCAGUACUUAGACACCCGAUUAAGCUCGCACCAUCAUAAGUAUACCAAACUUUUUUUAGCAUUCAAAGCGUUACUAAAAGGAAUUUCAGUUCUUUUUGUUAAAUUAUUAAUCUUCAUUAAAAUAGUUGAGUAACGGAAAGUAAUAUUUACAUUUGCUGGUCGCUCAAAGUUUAGAUGUGACGACAAAAUUGUGGAGAUGUUUUUAAAUUCAUUCAUUACUGAUGUCUACCGUGUGAUAAAUGUAGGUACCAGGGACGAAACGAAUAUAAAUAAACGGCAACUGGAAAUGGGAAAAAAAUUGACCACUCAAGAUCAUUAGUUUUGCGACCUCUCAUCGGAUGUCUUUUUUUUCGGUGGAGCUGUAUAUAUAACGUUCUAUCAAGUGAUCGACCAUUCGAUUAUAUUUAAGUGAAGCCUUAAUCUACGCAAACGUUGUUUGAGCUCGUUACGUGUUCCUUUCAAGCGAAUGACGGUUGUUGCGUGACGAGAGACAAGUAAGUCAGAUCAAUUUAGGUCUCUGGGAAACUGCCCACCUACCCCUCCCCUAAGUCAUCAUUUUGCCCUAAGUUAGAAGUAAGUGUUAAUGCUAGCUUAUGGGAGGGGUAGGUGGGCAGUUUCCCAGAAACCUAAAUUUAUCCACAAAGUCUACAUAUGGUUUUAGCGUAAUUGAAUUUUGCAGGUGAGUUAUUGCUGAUGCUUGAUAAGGGGAAGUACAAUGUCAGGAAUAAGAAGAAAAUCUUACAUUUAAUAAACUCUGUAAUAAUAAUAAUAAUAAUAAUAAUAAUAAUAAUAAUAAUAAUAAUAAUAAUAAUAAUAAUAAUAAUAAUGUGAUUUUAGGAGUUGCUUUAGCUGUGGCUGAUUUUAGUGGCGCGGUAAUGACUGCAUCUGCUAUCGACGACAACGGCACAAAGGAAUUAAAAGGGUAAAUUAAAUUUCGAGAUUUUUUCGUAAAUUAAAUUGAUUUGUGUUAGACAUUCCAGAGUCUCUCCCACAAUCUUGUACCCAGAUUCCUCUCUGCCUCAGUAAUAAUACCACGAAAGAAGAAGAGCCAAAAAACAAGUUAAUGAUAAGGAGUACUUGUGCCAUAAACUGUUCUCUUUUCUCUUCCUUAAAGUCUUUCUCUUGUAACCGUGUCACCUGGUCGUUUACGUUAUUUUGCAGAAACUUUGGCACCUUUUCAAGUUCACUUAAUGGUGUGAAGGUACGUCUUUAAUAGCUUGGUCCCUAGGUCUUAUUAUUACCUAGCUUGUGCGUUCCGGGUCACGUGGUCCGUUCGUCUCGGAUACGUUACCGAAAUGCAUUGACCGUGAAGGCCUGGAAAAAAGCCGCACAGGGUCGAGGCAAAGUAUAUCAGUCAACUUCAUUUCUUGUUUCAUUGUUAUUUCCUCGUGAAGUUUCCUGAAUUUCGCAUUAAAACGUUUGGCGUUUUAUUUUUCCUUUGUUUUAGGAGUCAUUGGAUGUUAUGUCCACGAAUGAUGACAACACCUUAGGAUUUACCUUAGAACUUUAUUCGUCUAUGUACCUUCGCCGCUCCCACCCAUUGUGUCGUCGUUGUUAAAUAACUUUAUUCUUUAUUAUCAGGUUUUUUGAACUCACUUUAGAGUACUUAUUUACUCUAUGAAACACUGAAGAGAACCGAGUUUUCUCUCAGCAAUUGUUUUGAUCCCGUUUCCAACUAUAGGAGAUGCUUUUCCGACGAACCUACAAGAUGGUGGAAUUUGAGAAUGCUACAAAAGCACUGGAGAAAGCAAAACCAAAGAAUCAAGAAGCAGUAAGUGCAUUAUUCGCGAUGUAAAGUUAAUAUCUGUGGACGAAUAAGCCUCUGUUAAGAAUACUAUAUGCGUAAAAGCUUUUCUUUAGGAUUUCUAAAUUCGCAGUGCUUCGUAACGAGGAUUAUUAUGAAAACCCAAGUUUCUCUACAUUCUCUCUUUUAAUUGUCAGUGGCGUCUAUUUAGUCAUUUUUUCUUUUUGUUUUCUGAUAUGUCAAAAUCCGCAUAUAACAUUGGUCUGGUUAUGUUAAUAUGUUUUUUCAGCUCCAGAAAGCUAAAGAAGAGGCUGAAGAAGCCUUCACUAAUAUUUCUGAAGUUUCUAAGAAAGAGGUGAGGUUUAGUAAACAUUUUGUGACGGAGUUGAGCAGUCAUGUGCAGAGAGCUCGAAUCUCCUUAUAUUUGCGGGGUAGCGGUUCAGUGCGUUUAAUAAAAUGGUGAAAAGACACCGAAAGCAUUGAAGAACUAAUAGGUUAUUGGCGGGUAGAGGGAACCUAAGCAACCUUCAUGGCGACGGCAGUGAAGACGUUACUUCUAAGGCCCGGUUCAAACGUCGAACUUUACAUGUGCCGAACUUAAUACCUAUCUAGGUCGACCCAAACUAUUAAGUGGACUACUCUUGUGCUUAAAGGGUUAAGCGUGGUUUCCAUAUAAAUUGAAGGUCCGGAUCGUCACAAUAGGAAGCUUAAGCAAAGACAUUUCGGAGCGAUGCACGUCAACCGGAAGUGAGGCCUUUUCCCUUUUUAUUUGCCUUGAGGCAAACACAUUUGUAUUGCUAACUUUCUUUUCUGUUAUAAAGACGAUUUACCUGAGACUUUCAACCAACCCACUGCCCAGUGAUGCAAAAAGUCCACUUCCGGUCGACGUCCAUCACUCAAAAACGCAGUUGCUCAAGCGAGGCGACCACACCCUGCCAGCAGAGGCCAUCUUUCGCUUCCUUGACCUUUUCUGAAAAUAAUGACCGAGCGUGUAGCGCGCGGGCUUUUUUCUUAAGAUGGCCAAGGAGCGAAGGCUUUAUCCGGUUUGAUGCGCCUUUCCAUUGUUUUAGAACCAGCAAAUCAUUAUUGUGGCCACUGAGUAGGCAUGAAUAGAUUCUGCUAGUAAAUUCAGGAAAAGUUGCUUCACAAUAUACCCAAAAGUUGCUCUAAAGUUGCUCAAAUAUCAAAAAGUUGCCACCAAAAUUUAGAAAAGUUGCUUGCUCUCUAGAAUCGUUUUGUUUUAGAUAAAUACUCAAAACGUGUUUGUUUAUUUGUUGCCAUUUAAACAUUUUCAUUAAAUAUUCUUACAAUCAUUAAAAGAGGCCAAAAGGCAUUGUUAUAUGACAAAUAUAAAUACUAUGAAAUAAAAUCAGUUAAAAAAAAACAAAAACAUAAAAACAUAAAAAAAACAUAAAAUCAGUUUUGAUAAAACCAGUUUUAAUGAAAUCCUUCGAAAUGAAACGACCUUUUAUGGUUUGGUUCGGUUUUAUAUCAAUUUGUUGGUCAAAAGUUGCCAAGGAAGGCAAAAGUUGCCCUAGGUUGCUGGUACUACAAAGAGUUGCUCAAAACGCUAAAAGUUGCUCAAAAGUUGCCGAGCACAAUCUAUUUAUGCCUACCACUGAGUGGAACGGGAGGUCAUUGUUAAGAAAUAAAGGCUUGGCUUCUGCGGUUUUAAUAACAGCCGCUUUUCCAUUUAUUGAAACUAAUAAGUGGGGCUCCAGGUGUGGUGGCUUCAUUUCGCUGAUGAUAACUUUUGCGUCUUACAGUUGAGUCGGUACAACAGACAGAGAGUGUUGAGCCUGCAGGCAAGUCUUAUCCAGUACGCGGAGUCUCGACUGAAAAAUGGAAGAGAUACGUACGCCAUAUUAGCUAAACUAUUAAAUGAUCUUAAGAAAUCUUCCUAA